AUGCCACCAGAUGCAGUGGUAGACGCCAGGGAAAUCCAAGAAAUGGAACGGCCUUCAUGGAAAGUGAGAAAAGAAGAGAAAGAGGGUCUUGUUCAAGAUAAUGGAGGUCCUUUUGAGAUCAAAGCAAAGCUAUUUCCAAAUGAAGUUCCACCAAUCACAGAAGAUACAUCAGAAACAGCUAGUGCACUUUGGGACAUAUUUCGAAGAGAAGAUACUGCAAAGUUAGAAGCAUAUCUUAGAAAAUAUUCCAAAGAAUUUAGGCAUACUUAUUGUUCUCCAGUAAAAGAGGUUGUCCAUCCUAUUCAUGACCAAUGUUUUUAUUUGACUUUUGAGCAUAAGAAGCUGAAGGAAGAGUUUGGUGUAGUUCCUUGGACUUUUGAGCAGAAGCUUGGUGAAGCAGUAUUUAUACCUGCUGGAUGCCCUCACCAAGUUCGAAAUCUGAAGGUGUAA